AUGAAUAAACAAUUCAUAAGAUAUAUUAGUAAGAAUACUAGUAAUUAUGAACCUGGUUUCUUAAAAACUUUCAAUGCUGCUACUAAACCUGCUCAGAAACAAUCUUUUUCAAUUACAAAACCAUUUGGUUUAGAAAAACCAAUUUUAUUAAAUCAUAAAUUAUCAGAUACUUAUUCAUUUUCAAAUAUUUAUCAAGAAUUAUUUGGUGAACAAGCUAAAGAAAGAAGGGCAAAACAAAUUAAUUAUGAUUUAAAACAUUCUCCACUAUUUGACUCAAAAUCUUUUAGAAAUACGAAUGGGAAAAUUUUCAAUUCUCCGAUAUCUUAUUUUAAACAAGAAAAAUCAUUGUAUUUUCCAGAUUUUAUAACGAAAACUUUAACUGGUGAAAGUAGAAGUUUAUAUGAUGUAUUAGUGGAGAAGAAAGUUUCAAUAAUAACGUUAUUUUCAACUGGUUCUGGUUAUAAUUGUGUUCAAACAUGGUUUAAAGAAGAUGGUAAAGAUUUAUAUAAAGAUUCAUCAUUUGAAAAAGAAAAUCCAAAUGCUCAAAUUAUAGAUAUAAACUUACCUCAAAGUUGGUUAAAAGGUUUUAUAACUAAAUAUUUUGCGUUACCGAAUAUUAAGAAAAUGUUACCUGAAUUAAGACAAAAUAAUUAUUUCAUUUUACCAAACCAUAUAUUUUCAUUCAAUAUAAAAGAAAAACUAUAUUGUGAUAAUCAAUGUUCUGGUUAUAUAUACAUUGUUGACUCAAUGGGUAAAAUAAGGUGGGCAGCCAGUGGUAAUUCAACCCCAGAAGAAUAUAAAUUAAUGUGGAAGACUAUAAAGAAUUUACAAAAAUAG